AUGUACAAUCCUUGGCGCAGCGCCGGAGCGUCGGGAGCCUCGAAUUGCGGCGGCGGCGGCAGCGGCGGCGGCAGGGAAGGCAACCUCAGGUGUCCUGGCGGCGCGCUGCGAAGGAUGAAGGGCUUCCUCCGCUUGGUUUUGGGCUACUUGGCGGCAGAGCUUCUCCCCCCUCUCCUGUGUCGGGCGCAGGAGAAAGUCGGGCAACACCUGGGCAGCAUCGUGAUGCUGUUCGAUUCCGGCGGGAACCACAGCCGGGCGGGCGAGCCGCCACCCGCCGACGCCUCGGAGCCGCCCCCCAGCCCGGAGGCAUGCCGGGGCUACUUCGAUGUGAUGGGCCAGUGGGACGAGGCUUUCAACUGCAGCGUCCGCGGCUACCCGUUCUGCUGUGGCACGUGCGGCUUCCGCUUCUGCUGCCAGGAUCAGAAGAGGCGGUUGGACCAGGACGUCUGCACUAACUACAUCAAGCCCCCCUGGCUGAACGGGCGCAAGAUGACCAACCGGCCCAUGGAUCCGUCCCAUGACCCCACCCGCGACAAGACCAACCUCAUCGUCUACAUCAUCUGCGGGGUGGUUGCUGUUAUGGUUUUGGUGGGCAUCUUCACCAAACUGGGGCUGGAGAAAGCACACCGGCCCCAGCGGGAACACAUGUCCAGGUGA